AUGUCUCCCUUAGAGGGUAAUUUGCAAGAUUUAGACGAGAAGAGCAUUGAAAAUAUUGUGAAAUUCGUGUCGGAUAUUCGAACGGGAAAGUUGCAGGGAUCUAAUAAAAUUGCAGUGGCAACGGUCACUCUGUUGGAACAAAUAAUAACAGAUGCGUCUAACACAAGCGCUUUAUUUCUCGUAAACGCAGUACGCGCCACUGGUCGGCGUAUCACAAAAGCGUUGCCCCACGAGCUGAUCGCUGCCAACAUGGUCCGGCGUGUGCUAAGAGCUAUCCGGGACGAACAGAGAGCAUUAGCUAAUCAAAGCAGUGAAUAUUCCGGUGAUUCAUUACAACGUUUGGUCCUAGCCGCACCAAGCAGACGGGCCACACUACCAUCCCAUCAUGAUCUUAGAGAACCUAUAAGAGACCAUAUUGCUGAGCUCCUCGGUGAACUAGAAGCGAGCACUUCAGCCAUUUGUGGCCAAGCAAAGGAACAUAUUCAUACGGAUGAGCUCAUACUCACAUAUGGAUCUAGCAACUUAGUUGAGAAGUUCCUAAAGGCGUCUGGAACUAACAAACCCAAAUUACUUCUUGUGGAAGGACCACAGCAUUCCGAGAGUGCAGCGAUGGCGACCAGAUUGAGUUCGCAGGGCGUCAGUGUUACCCUGGUGAAUGGAGCUGCAGUUGGUGCCCUAAUGCCCAGGGUCAACAAGGUCGUGAUAGGUGUCCGUAGUACACUAGCUGGUGGUGCCGUUCUAGGUGAAGCCGGUCUCCUCGCAGUUACUACAGCUGCAAGACACUACAGUGUCCCAGUGGUCGUCCUAUCUCCAUUGUACAAGCUGUCUCCGCUGCACUCGUGCGAUCACACGCAUUUCAAUGCGCUUGCGCCGCCAUAUACGGCCAUGCCUUAUAUGAGCGGUGAGAGUGCCCUAACGCAGGUCUAUGCGCCGAUGUGCGAUUUUGUCCCGCCGGACCACGUGACGCUGUUUAUCACCAAUUUAGGUGGAAGUUCUCCGUCAUACAUUUACCGCCUUCUGUCGGAGUUAUAUGAUCCCAACGAUUACCAGAUAUAA